GGGGUGCGCACCAUGGUGGAAUAAAGGUUUUGGGUGUUGGUCGAGGGUUGCGUUGCAAACCUUUUUUCAAGUAGAACUCCGCGAGCUCUAUCUAGUGGUAUGCUCAGUUGCGACCCAGUCCCAACUUUGGAUUUUCGGAUCAGUACGGCCGUUACUGGUAGCCUAAGAAUGAAAACUCGAGGUAUAGAAAAAGUGAGCAUACCACUAGAUGGGGCUCGUUGA